AAAUCGACUUGAAAUGGCGCAUUAAAGAGUAGCUCAGUCAGUAUAAAAUGCGCGCGCGACAAAUACAGCCAUUCGAACGGUGAAAACAAGUGUGUUAGCAGAAAAUAGUAGCUUUUAAGUACCAUCCUCCGUAUUUCUUUAUGCAGUAGUGGAUGGAAUUGAGUUUACUGAACCGAUUUAAUAUCUACAUUUUUAUGCAGAUUUGAGUACAGAAUGUCCCCGUAUACAUGUAUAUAUGUACAUAAUUUUUUACUUUACCAAUGCAUUUAAUGGUCGAAUAUAAAUUGUGAAUAUAUAUCUAUAUAUUAAAAUAUAUGCAUGGUGAGGUAUACCGCUUACCAAUUAAAGUAUUAAUUACAUCGAACUGUCGUUUACAAACUUGAUAAACAGUUGGGAAUGGGUGAAAAUGCAUACUUGGACUUGUCAAAAGUCCCAUUUUCUAAAUCAUAUCCGUUGCCUCGAGUACACAGCUCUAACCAACAGCAGCACAAUCUAUGUCGCAUUCGCAAACGUAAUAUGCGUCUAGGCAUCAAUGCACGAACUGGUCGACUGCAAUGGUGUCCUGGUGUGACAUGUAAUAAAAUUUUGAUUAUAUUUCCAGUGGUAUUGCUACCAAUAACAAUCGCGCUUAUUCUGCUUAUGCGGAUUGACAAUAUAUUAACAGCGUUUCGAACGCAGCAGGAACAACGUCAGCCGCAGCAAUAUUCUUUUAUCGAUGAUUUCACAAAUAAUUUGCUUCCUAAUAAAAGGGAUGUAAUAGAAGAUAUCAUCAGUGAAGAGUUCAUUCUACCAGUGGAUAUGGAAAAGAAAGAACUAAUCGAACAUGAACGUAUUAAACGAUGUAUAUCAUUUAAAUUUGGCCUUAGUGAAACUAUAGAAAUGGAAGAUAGAGAUAUCAUGAAAGAUGCGCGAACCUCUUUCCUUCCACGAGAUACUACGGCAAUACCAAGGGAAUGUUUGGAUAGAUUAAGUUCAGUCAAAGCUGAUUCUAGUUUAAUAAACGAAAUGCUUGAGCAACUACUGCGACGUCGUUCGCGGCGAACCUCUGUUGAUAAAAUGAGUUACGACAAAUCCAAAACUAUUUUUGAUGACGCCGUUUCCCAAAGUGGCAAGAUAAAUUUGAAUAAUUUUGACACAGUCAAAGAACAUAAUCCCCUUAGCGAAGAAGAUGCACAACUUUUUGGAUCCACUUCGGCGUUGCAAACAUUCUGGAACGAAGAGGGCACGAAGGAGACAAUACGAAUAGCACAGGCUAAGACAAUGAAAAAAUAUAUGGACCAUCAUAUUGAUCCUUGUACUGAUUUUUAUAAAUAUGCCUGCGGAAAUUGGGAGCGUUUGCAUCCUAUACCUAAGGAUAAAGCUGGCUUUGACACAUUUGAAAUGUUGCGUGAAAAUUUAGAUGUGGUGUUGAGGGAACUUUUAGAAUCGAAAGAAAUCACAGAAGUGGUGACAGCUCAAAGCAAAAUUGUAAAUAUGCCUCAUAAUAAUUACGAACAUGAUAUCGAAACACAUGCAGAUAUUAUAAAAUCUGGUCCAUCAGCACCUGCCGCUAUAAGUGCAGUGAAAAAAGAAUUAGAUGCAUCGAAACCCUUUGAUCAACUCGAGAAACAACUGAAGGAGAAAUCUGCACGCAUCCGACGACACAUCAUAGAGCACAGAGAUGCCUUAAGCUUAGUGCUUCGUCGUUAUAAACGUCAACAAGCCACGAUAAAUAAGCGAAAUCGUUUGAUUACACUUUUCAGUCUCAGUAAUCUUUCAUCUGAAGAGAGCAGCUUCACAGAGUAUGUAGACUCAAAUGAUGCACAGCUAAAAGCAAAAUAUUUAUAUCAAUCCUGCAUAAACACCAAUCUUCUUCAAAAACGUGGCAUUAAACCACUCUUGAAUUUGAUCGAUAGCUUGGGUGGAUGGCCUGUACUAAAUCCGAACUGGAAUUCGCAAACUUUCGAUUGGUUAAAUUUGACCGCGCAACUACGGCGCUAUAAUAAUGACAUUCUAAUCGUUGAAUGGGUAGGUCCAGAUAUUAAAAACUCUGACGAAAAUGUCAUUCAGUUUGAUCAGACAAGCCUUGGAUUACCUACGCGCGAAUAUUACUUACAAGACAUGAAUUCACGUUAUUUGAGAGCAUAUCAAUUGUUUAUGUCUGAGAUAAUGCAAAAGUUGGGUGCUUCCCGAGAUCGUGCAAUCAAAACAGCAGCAGAUGUUGUGGUGUUCGAAACACAACUCGCAGCCAUAACAGCUCCCGCUGAGCAACGCCUGAAUGUAACUAAGCUUUACAACCGUAUGACCCUUAAGCAUUUGCAUGAAGCAGUUCCAGAGGUUAAUUGGCUCCGCUACCUUAGCAUCUUGCAAAAUCGCAAUGUUCGCGACACUGAGCAGGUGGUGAUUUAUGCUUUAGAUUAUAUGAAUGAUCUUGUUCGCCUCAUACGUACAACUGAACCCACCACAGUAUCUAAUUAUUUGCUUUGGCGAUUUGUACGUCAUCGCAUUAACAACGUUGAUGAUCGUUUCGAAGACACUAAACAAAAAUUUUAUCAUUCCUUAUUUGGCCGAGAAGAGAGCCCCCAACGGUGGAAGGUUUGCAUAGCGCAAGUAAACACUAACAUGGGCAUGGCUCUCGGUUCAAUGUUUGUACGCAGAUAUUUCGAUGAAAAUAGUAAACGUGAUACACUCAAAAUGACACACGAACUACAACAAGCUUUUCGUGAAAUAUUAAAAAACACGGACUGGUUGGACUCUAAUACCAAGCAUUUGGCCGAACUAAAAGUCAAUGCAAUGUCCUUGAAAAUUGGUUAUCCUGACUUUAUACUAAACCCUGCUGAGCUUAACGAAAAGUAUACAGGUAUACGAAUACAUCCUGAUAAAUAUUUUGAAAACACUUUGCAUGUACUUUUGCACACGGCCAAAACAGAACAAAACAAGAUUCAGGAGUCGGUGAAUAAAACAGCUUGGCAGACAGCACCAGCUAUUGUGAAUGCAUACUAUAGCCGAAACAAGAACCAAAUUAUGUUUCCAGCCGGGAUACUUCAACCCCCAUUCUAUCAUCGUCAUUUUCCGAGAUCAUUAAAUUUUGGUGGAAUAGGUGUAGUGAUUGGUCAUGAGCUGACCCAUGGCUUUGAUGAUAAAGGCCGGCUAUUUGAUCGAAACGGCAGCAUACACAAAUGGUGGACAGAUGCGGCAAUAAAAGGAUUUGAUGAACGAGCACGUUGUAUAAUUUCGCAGUACAGUAACUAUACCGUCGGGGAAGUGGGCAUAUCUCUAAACGGCGAAAGCACGCAAGGUGAAAAUAUCGCUGACAAUGGGGGUCUACGCCAAGCUUUCCAUGCAUACAAAAACUGGUUGAGAAAUAAUCCUCAAGCUGCUGCUGAUGAGAGACUUCCCGGUAUCGAUAUGACUGGCGAACAGCUAUUUUUUCUCAAUUUUGGCCAAGUAUGGUGUGGGGCCAUGCGACCAGAAGCUGUUCGCAAUAAACUAAACACCGCAAUACAUAGCCCUGGCCGAUUUCGCGUCAUUGGGACACUUUCGAAUUCCAAAGAUUUUGCUAGGGAAUUUAAAUGCCCAGAAGGCACCCCUAUGAACCCAAUCCACAAAUGCAGCGUCUGGUAAUAAUAGAGUUCAAUCGGUAUAUAGUAAGAAGAAACUUUAAAAUAUUUAGUUUCUAUGAAACAUCACAAAAUACAUUAUAUAGGAAGGUAAUUAAACAUACUUUAUUUCAGUUAAAAAUUAAUAUUAAUGUCUGCAAUAUUCAUUUCUCUUACCAAAUUAUAAAUGUCAUUUAUUUUGUAGUAAAAAGUAUUGAACGAUACUCAAAGUAUCAUCAAUAAUGUUCGCAUAUACAUAUCCGCAUAUACAUAUGUUUCACUAUUUAUGUAUGUGCAUACGAGUAUAUGCCGUUGUAUUUGUACAUAUACCUACAUAA